UCCGCCCCGUAGGCGCAUUCGCUCGUACGCUUCGUCCAAAGCGGACUAACAGGAGAGGCACCUGUUGUUAUCGCCAGCGUCGCCGCCGUUGUUGUUGUUGUCGUCGUCGUCGAGCAGCGUCUAGCCGAUCGGAUCGAGAUACCAAACGCCCGUGGACCAACACCGAAGCUUGGAAUACAGGAACACGAAGUUGGCGAACAGCUGACAGAAGAUCGGAAGGAAUCCGCAAACUUGACCCGAAGAAGCUGUUUCCGUGGUCGGUGAUAUUGCCAACAACAACGUAAACGUCGUUUCUACGAUCGGUGAUCCCACGUCGGUUGACUCAGCUGACGGCAGUGAAAAGCUAAGGCGGUCCUAGUUGCCCACGUAUUUUCACAGUACCCAGAGGAACAGGAGAGACACGAGUUAGCCCGUCCAGGCUCGUAGAGUUUUCGCAGGAAGAACAACACGGCGGAUAUGAUGGCUGUCGCAGCGGCGCAGAAGAAUCGCGAGAUGUUUGCUAUCAAGAAGUCUUACAGCAUAGAGAAUGGAUAUCCAGCAAGACGACGAUCCCUUGUGGACGACGCUCGCUUUGAAACAUUGGUUGUGAAGCAAACAAAACAAAGCGUUUUGGAAGAAGCUCGGCAACGAGCGAAUGACUCACUAGCCGAUCAAACUCACUGCGCUCAAGAUCAUUUAGAACAUGAAACGGAACUCCUUUCGUCCAGCGAUGAUGAACAAGUGGAAACAUUGGCUUGCGCUGCCAAGGAUGGAGAAGCAAAAGCAGAAGUUUCAUCGGACAGCGAUGACAAAGGGGAUGAAGAUUAUGACGAUGAUGCUGGAUUAACCGAGGAGGAAGUGGUGCUCGCCAAGACCAUAGCCGAAAGUCCAGAAAGCGAGCACACCGUGCAGAAAGCAGCGCUGGUUUUGCGUUUGCGCGAAGGUAUCGGUUCUCUAUCGAGGAUCCUGAAGACGAUCGAGAACUUCAAGGGCACGGUGACUCACGUGGAGUCCCGGCCCUCGAGGAAGGAGGGCUUGCAAUUCGACGUCCUCGUGAAGGUGGACAUGACCAAACAUAGCCUGCUGCAGCUGAUCAGGAAUCUGCGUCAGAGCGCAGCGUUGGACGGCGUCACUAUGCUCGCCGACAAUUCCGUCAGCAUUAAGGACCCAUGGUUCCCUCGUCACGCAUCCGAGCUUGACAACUGCAACCACUUGAUGACCAAAUACGAACCGGACCUGGACAUGAAUCAUCCUGGAUUCGCUGACAAGGAGUACCGCUCUCGCAGGAAGGUGAUCGCCGAAAUUGCUUUCGCUUACAAGUACGGCGACCCGAUCCCUAGCAUUCCUUACACCGAAACUGAAAACGAGACCUGGUCCCGCGUGUUCAAAACCGUCGAGGACCUGGUCCCGAAGCACGCCUGUGUGGAGUACCAACGAGUCUUCAAGAAGCUGCAGGAGGAGAAGAUCUUCGAGUCGCACCGUAUACCACAGCUGCAAGAGGUCAGCGACUUCUUGAAGAAGAACACCGGAUUCACUCUGCGACCCGCAGCUGGACUGCUCACUGCCAGGGACUUUCUCUCGAGUCUCGCCUUCAGAGUGUUUCAGAGCACCCAAUACGUUCGUCACAUCAACAGCCCGUACCACACGCCUGAACCAGAUUGCAUCCACGAACUCUUAGGGCACAUGCCUCUACUGGCCGAUCCAAGCUUCGCUCAAUUCUCUCAGGAAAUCGGUCUGGCAUCGCUCGGCGCUUCGGAGGGGGAAAUCGAGAAGCUGUCGACCAUCUAUUGGUUCACUGUCGAGUUUGGUCUCUGCAAGGAGGGUCAAGAGGUGAAAGCUUAUGGCGCCGGGCUUCUGUCGGCUUACGGCGAGCUGCUCCAUUCGUUGAGCGACAAAUGCGAGCACCGACCGUUCGAGCCGACGACCACGGCUGUCCAGAAGUACCAGGAUCAAGAAUACCAACCGAUCUACUACGUCGCGGAGAGCUUCGAGGACGCCAAAGAGAAAUUCCGUCGCUGGGUGUCCACCAUGAGCCGACCUUUCGAGGUCCGAUACGACCCUCAUACCCAGCGGGUCGAGGUGCUCGACACCGUUGACAGGCUGGAGAAUCUCGUGUCUCAGCUGAAUACCGAGAUGACCCAUCUAACGAAUGCCAUCAACAAAAUCAAGAAGUCCUUCGCGUAAGAACUCGAAAGAUCCAUCUCCGUGACACGAUACGGUUACUCCUCUCGCGAAACCUCGACCCUCGACGUUUCCUCGGUAAGCUCGCAUCGAUACAUUUCAAUUGGCUCAAUCGUUUGCUCGGUCUCUUGGAAUAAUUUACCUAAUCCUUCAAAGAUGUAACUCUGGGCCACGUAAUAUGUUUGAGUAACCAUUAAUUUCAUUUAUGAAGCAUUGACAUUUUGUUCGAGAUUUUAUUACACAUUAAUGGUAAUUAAAAUGAAUGUUGCGCAUUCAUGAUGUAUAUCCUAAUAUGGCUAUCUAAGAGAAAAUGUAUUAAAGAUAGAUAUUUCAUAAAUAUUGAUUUUUAUUUGACAAUAUUAAUUGUUUAGUAAGUAAAUACAUAUUCUGAUUAUGAUGUUUGUGCACCAUACAUGCACACAAUCUUCAGAUUAAUUUUUACAGUUUGAUCAAUAAUUUCAUCGAGUAGUAACAAAAGAAAUCAUGCAUGCAAGAACUGUAUCAAGCAUGAUAAAAGAGCGAUACUCGUCGAAUUAGACGGUUUUUAGUAAUUUACCCCUAAUUAACUGAUGGCAUACAUAUAUUAUUAAGUUAUAAAAAAUCAUAAAAUGAUAGCACCUGUCAUUGCUGUAUAAAUUUAUACAUAGACAGUUACUCAAGGCAAAUACGUCGCCCAGAGUCUCAUCAACGUAGAGUUAGGGUCGAAAUGAGAAGAAGAAUGCCAAAAAAACCACGACUACCACGCGAGGAGACGAGUAAAAAAUAUUUAUCCGAGAAAACGUCGAGAUUUACGUAGGACCUUUUAUCAUUCUUUAAUCAUCAUUCCUCGUUCGCAUCGAAUCGUUCUCACUCUGUGUAUAAAGUCGUUCAUUCGUGUAGCCGUGCGCACGCGCGCGUUAACCAAAAUCUCGGUUCGAAGUGGCUUUCGGAGGCGUAUGCGUGCGCGGACCUGAUGGAUUGCUCGUGUGUUUGCUUCUAUUUAAUUAAGUCGCCCUUAAUUAAAUUGCUUCUCGUCGUAUUUAUUGAAUUUUGGAGUAUUCGAACGUCCGCGCGCGCGCGAUCUUCACUUACUGAACGGGGAAAACAAAUCUAUUAAUCAUGGAAGACUCCCUCUCUGCGCACCAAGGUAUUAUAUUGCGCUCAACAAUUGCAGCUGAGUGAUCUUCUCGAAUUGGACAAACAAUUAUCGGACCUGUAAACCCACUUCGAACGAAGACGCAUAACGCGCGUGUGCGCACGCGUAUUCCGUUGUCUUCUCACGUUAUACGUAUUGUAUUUUAUUGUAUCUCUAUUCUGAUGCACUACAUAUUGUUAUCAUUAGUUUAGACUCGUAGAAGUAUUACGUGAUCGCGCAUCGAUUUGUUGCACGUGGGCAAAACGAUAUGCAAUCCAACGGCUAUUGAACGUAAACCGCGUGUGUCGUAUUGAAUUAGAUCAGCUGUAUAGUGAGACGGCUAGUAUUAAAAGGCAAUGUAUAUGUAGGAAUUUUAUUUACGAUAAUUUAGCGUAUUACCGAACCCGUGCUCACGAAACCUGUAUUCACGAAAAAUUUCAACAAGGAAGUGACAAAGUGUUUGAAUUAGAAACGCACUGUCUAGAGUGUAGUGCGAGUCCUUGCUUGUGCACCCUGCACUGUUUUCCCGUCGCUAACUCGUACCAAAUACAACCUGCGUUCGUGUUAAUGCGCGCGCUAGUUUUUCGCGCUUGCUGGGCUGUAGAAAUCGCUCGGCGCGUACCCUAGAUUUCCUUUGUAUUAUAUUGUAAAGUACUCAGAGCAUAAUAAAAACCUAAGAUAUGUAUCUUAAAA